AUGGCGCCGAAGGCCUUGACAGACUGUCCCGAGAACCUUCGAGAGGCGAUCGACUGGCUCGUCCAGGUGCGGCACUGUGGCGGGAUUUCGACUGUGUCCUACGCUCUCUCUACUUUGUUUGACAAUGUUGCUCACGACACUGAGAAAUCUCUGCCGUUGCUGCCCGACCCGGACCGUCCGUCCGCCAGAGAUGUUGUCUCCAUACUUCGGGCGUUUCAGAGCACUCUUCCGAAAAACUCUGAGAAUCCUAAUAAAAACAUUCUACAUAAUCUCUGCGCCUCCGCUGCCAGCCUAUUAGGUUACAGUUUUCCGGGGACCUAUGAUGGUUCCGGGAUUGUGUACGGCAACGCCUCCCGCCUGUGCGAUGCCAUCCUGGCAUUCUUGUAUGCCGUGUUCAGUGAUGUCCAUGCUAACCAGCCGUACGUCGCUGGUAGAAGUGUGUUGUAUGAUGAUGUAAUUGUGGAGCUGAAAUCUCAACUAUGGCGUGGCCACAAUGGGUUUUGUCAAGCCAUUCCCAAGGUGGCCAAUGGCCUCCAGAGGUACAAUGCCGCUGUCGAGGCUUCAAACAAGAAAGUCAAGAACCCGAUUGAAACCGUGUUGGAUUACAUGAAAACAGAUGAUGAGUUGAGUAGAGGUAUAAAAGCUUUGCAGAUAUCGGAAACAUCUACGUCAGCUGCGGAUGAGAGGACUGUGGACGCCGCGGUCACCCUGGUGGAGCGGUGCAAAGAGAUUGCCAGGGUCUUUUCCAAAAGCUUGACGGCGGCCAAAGAUGCCAUUGAUGACCUGAACCCCAAGCUGAAAAGAAAACUUGAGAACGCCAGGAAUAGCUUUUUCAACCACGUCGACUGGCUGAGCAGGUGGUCCAAGAAGGGGGAGAAAAGGAGAUUGGACAAGAUGAUACAGAAAAUCAAGACUAGGCUUAAAAAGCUGGCAAAGGCCGUAAAGGACAAAAUUAAACAAGAAGUGCAUAUGCUUGUUGAGUUGUUGAAGAAACGUGUCGGGGAUAUUAAAAUGAAGUUGGAAGGUAUUACUGCCAGCCUGGAGGAAUAUGUCAAGGAACUCGGACAGUGGAUGGGUGAGGCAAAAGAGUAUAUUAAUGCAGUGAAAAAGUAUGUUAAUAAGAUAAUGCAGGAACUUGAUGGAAAGCAUAGAAAGAAGAUUGACAAAGCAGCCGCGGACAUUGAUAGUAAGCUUGGCAAGAAAGUUGAGGAGUUGAAUGCAUGGAUUAAGGAUGCGGAGGCAGCCGUAAAUGUGGCCAAGAAGAAGGCGGAUGAAGUGUAUGGGAGGUUGAACAAAGAUGAUAAAGAUCAGAAGAUUCGUCAAGGGAUUGAAAAGAUUACUAAAGCUAACGAUGCAGUUUCAGGAGUUAGCACCCAACUGGAAACUGUUCACAAGGAUUUGGAGUCUUGGAAAGAUGCGGCGCAGGAUGUGCUCAGCAACGCUGCUGGGAAGAUUGGAGAGGUGCGUGGCAUGUUGAAUCCUGAUAAAGAUGGUGAUGACAAUCCUAUUGGGAAUAACAUCAAGACUAUUGAUGCUGCUAAUCGAGAAAUGGCUAAUGCAAACAAGGAACUUGGAGGAAAAGUUAAGAGUUUAAGCCAUUUGAUUCAGGAUGCGGAGAGUAUCCGUGCUGCGGCGCAGAGAAAGGCGGAGGAUGCUUACGAGAACUUGGACGUUCAUAAGGAACUGAGUGAGAAUGUCCAGAAAAUUGUGGAUGCGAGAAAAAAAAUCAGCGACGCUCGUACCGGCUUAAAGAAUGUUUACAAACAUUUGGGAGAGUGGAAUAUUGAGGCCGAAAGAGUCCUCGAAGGAGCGGUAAAAAAGGCGACGGAAGUAUUUAAUAUGUUAAACAAAAACAAUGCAGGCAACGAUAUUAGUAAAGGAGUUACACAUAUUACUACAGCUAAAGAGAAAGUUUCGCAUGUUGAUAGGGAGUUACAAAAAGUUUACGGGGAUUUAGACAUGUGGAUAGAGGCUGCGAAGAAUGUGCUCGCCAUAUCGGUAAAUAAAGCAGGUGAUGUGCAUAAAAUGUUAAAUUCGGAUGACCUUCAUGGCAAGUAUGCCCUUGGUGAGAAUAUUAAAGAAAUUGGACAGGCAAAAACAGAACUUGACAGUGCAAAUAAAACUCUCAAGAUCCAAGUUGAGAAUCUGAACAAAUGGAUUCAGGAUGCUGAAACUAUCCGCCAAGAGGCUGAAGAAAAGGUCAAGGAGGCGUACGAUAAGUUGCAAGUUCAUGAGAAACUAAGUAGGAAAUUCGGAGAGAUUAUAACAGCGAAUCAGAAGAUUAAAGAUGUCAAUGCUGGGAUAAAUAGUGUGGACAGGGGGAGUUGGAAUCUUCUGUGA